UAGCAGUCCAUGGAAGCACUCGCCAUAACCAUAAUUGAAUCACUACCACCGUCGCAACGCAACAUCUCAUUCUUCACUCUCAACCGUUAAAAUGUCAUUUUCAGUGUUAAGUAACGGUGCUGUUUCUGCUAUCACUCUCUUUCCUUCCAACAAUUUCUGUUUUCCAAUUCACAAUUUCAAUCGUCGACGGUUUUACUCUCAAGCUCAUUCCAAUUCCCAAUUACGUCACAAUCUUGUCAACCCUACACCAUCAUCCGUCUUCGAACUCGGUAAGAUGUUAACUUCCCUUGUUAGAAACAAGCAGUUUCACACUGCUAUUUCCCUCUCUAAUCAAAUGGAACUCAAUGGAAUUCAACCUAACAUUGUUACUUUGAACAUCUUACUCAAUUGUUUCUGCCGCAUUGGUCAACUCAAUUUUGCAUUUUCUGUAUUGGCAAAAAUUCUCAAGCUAGGUUAUCAGCCUGAUACAAUAACAAUGACUACACUUAUGAAAGGCAUGUGUCUUAGUGGUCAGGUUAAUAAAGCAUUGGAUUUUCAUGACGAUGUUAUAUCAAAGGGAUUUCAGCUUAAUCAAGUUAGUUAUGGAAUCUUGAUUGAUGGCUUAUGUAAAAAAGGAGAAACAACAGCUGCCCUGCAGUUGCUUAGAAAGAUUGAAGAGUUAAUGGUUAAACCAAACGUGGUAAUGUACAGUAUAGUCAUUAAUAGUCUUUGCAAGGAUAAACUUGUGAGUGAUGCUUUUCAUUUAUAUUCUGAAAUGAUUGUCAACAAUAUUUAUCCUAAUGUUGUCACUUGCACUAAUUUAAUAUACGGCCUUUGCAUUGUGUGUCAAUUCAAAGAAGCUGUUGGUUUGUUAAAUCAAAUGUUGUUGAAAAACAUCAGCCCAGAUGUUGUUACUUUUAAUAUAUUGAUUGAUGGUUUAUCUAAGGAAGGAGAGGUGAGAAAAGCUAAAAAUGUCUUGGCUAUUAUGAUAAAACAAGGUGUGAAACCAGAUGUUGUUACUUAUAAUUCUUUAAUGGACGGGUAUUUUUUGGUUAAAGAAGUGAACAAGGCCACAUAUGUAUUCAAUACAUUUGCUCAAAGGGGAGUGAUUCCUGAUGUUGUUAGCUACAAUGUCAUGAUUAAUGGUUUAUGCAAGAAUAAAAUGGUGGAUGAAGCCGUGGAUCUCUUCAAAGAAAUGCAUUUAAAAAACAUAGCUCCUAAUACUAGAACAUACAAUUCACUUAUUGAUGGGCUUUGCAAAUCGGGGAGAAUCCCUGAUGCUUGGGAUCUUGUUGAUGAGAUGCAUGAUAGAGGCUAUCCUGCUAAUGUGAUCACCUACAAUUCUAUAUUGGAUGCAUUGUGCAAAAACCAUCAGUUUGACAAGGCAAUUGAAUUAUUGGCGAAGAUCAAAGACCAACAAAUUCAGCUAAAUAUGCAUACAUACACUAUACUUGUCGAUGGACUAUGCAAAAAUGGAAGACUUAAGGAUGCACUAGUGGUUUAUCAUGAUCUUUUGAUUAAAGGCUACCAUUUAGAUGUGACGAUGUAUACUGUUAUGAUUAACGGGCUUUGUAAAGAGGGCUUGAUUGAUGAAGCAUUGUCCUUAAUGUCAAAAAUGGAAGAUAAUGGUUGCACCCCUGACGGCAUAACUUACACAACUCUUAUUGAUGCUUUGUCCAAAAAUGAAAAGAAUGAGAAGGCGAUGAAACUUUAUCGUGAAAUGAUUGCUAGAGGUCUUUUAUAAGAGUCGAACUAGAAUAUGGAAGGGUAAUUACAAUGUAAAUAAAAGAGUAUAGCUGACACACAUGAAGCAAUUUGUAGAUAAUGGAGACCCUCUACAGUUCAUUCAUCUACUGUCGAGCAGCUAUGGUAGAGUUGAUCUACCAUCUCUGCAUAUGCUGCAGAGGACCAGGUCCAAAUAUUAGACCCCAUAAACAAUGGUUUGUGUUUAGUAGGCUGCACCUUUAGCUAGUUGCGAGGUAUUUCGUUCAUUUUUGGUCUUGCAACUUUAGGAUUAGAUGCAUUUAAACUCCAACUGCCAGAGCAAGAUUGGCAUACACCAGUUUUUCAUUUUCCCGGCCGGAAAGGGUAGCGGAACAUAAAUCAAGUCAUUUUCCUGGUCAAAAAGGGUUGCUGGAGCAAGCUUGCAUUCACUCAACCCAUUUCAAGACUUGAGUUUAUAAUUGAGAGAAAAAUUGACCAAAGGUGAUGCUAGAAAGCCGGUUUAUUAAGAUGUACGAAUUCCACAGGAUUUUCAGAUGAAUUGUUGCAAUUCAUUGUCUUCCUCUUUGUACCUUGCUAAUAAUUUGUUAUACAUUUAUGACUUCACUACUUCAGAACUUUUCUAUUAUUCUAGUUUGAUUUUUUAAUACUUUAUAGUGUGUCAAACUUCAUCUAGCAUUGU